GGUCAUGCAAAAUGGUCAAUAUUUCAAGUAUUCCAGUGAAUGGCUAACGAUCCUUAAUUGACAACAGUUACGGAGGUAUCAAAAUUGAAACCUCCCCCGAAAUCCCAGCUCCGCUCGCUCCAGGAUUGGCUCAAGGAAGACAAAGGCGGAAAGAGCUUCCAUAAAGAUGCAGGCUUUGAGUUCUUCACAUGGACGGACGAGGACACCGAAGCAUACGUUUCGCUCAAGUCGUCCCAGGAAGAGACAUACAUAAUCAGUAGAUUCAUGACCCGUGUUGUCGCACGGAUCUUCCACCGCCUCGCUGGUGAAAAGAUGAAAGUCGGCACUGUCAUCGACGAGGAAGCCGCCCUGGUUUCCUACUCAGACUCGAAGCUCAAUCAGGCGAGCAACGUCCUGGCAUUGGUUGUGUCCUCGGUUCUUCCGGUCAUGACGAUAUUCGUCCUCAACAUUGUGCCUUCAACAAACCAGAGGAUUGGCCUGACAAUGUUGUUCACAGCUGUGUUCGCUGUGCUUCUAGCAAUAUUUAGCAACGCCAAGGGCGCGGAAAUAUUUGGUGCAACUGCAACAUUCGCUGCAAUCGAGGUGGUGUUUAUAGGGAGUGCCAUAGGAAAUUCAGGGACGUAGGGUAGAAGGUCCGCCUUUGCAACCCGUACGCCGGCAUAGUACAAGUUGUUCACAGACUACAUACUCAACAUUGUUCUUUGAGCAUGAAUUCCUUCUUCAUGGACGAUACUAGUAGAGGGGCG